ACAAUGAACACUAAGCAAACUGCUCCCCUCACUGUCAAAGUCAUUGAUCUCUACAGAGUGACUCCCUGCAUUUUCCUGCUCAGCGUCCUGUGGUUUGGAUGUCCGUGAGCUGCUGCUUUUACUGGAUUAUCUGACAUCAUCAGGGUUCUGCAUUCAGGAGGAAAGAGGGUGAGCAAUGUCGAACAGCAAGGUGACGAUCGAGACCGAGAUGAAUGGAGUCUCCAAACGCCAGCGUGCAGACUCGAGUCGACGUGGCGCCACUGUCAGCUUCCACAAUAUUCACUACAAGGUGAAGCAGGGAGGAGGCUGCUUUUGCAUGAAGAAGGGGACGAGCAAAGACAUCCUCAUCGACCUCAAUGGGAUCAUGAAGCCGGGUCUGAACGCCAUCAUGGGAGCGACAGGAAGCGGCAAAUCAUCUUUCUUGGAUAUUUUGGCAGCCAGGAAGGACCCUGCAGGUCUUUCAGGGGAGGUUCUGAUCGACGGAGCUCCUCAGCCUCCAAACUUCAAGUGUUUGUCUGGCUACGUGGUGCAGGACGACGUGGUGAUGGGAACCCUGACCGUGAGAGAAAACCUGACCUUCUCUGCAGCGCUGCGUCUCCCGCCAACCAUCAGUCAAAGGGAGAAGAAGCAGAGGGUGGACAGACUGAUCCAGGAGCUGGGACUGGGCCGAGUGGCCGACUCCAGGGUGGGUACUCAGCUGAUUCGUGGGAUUUCCGGCGGUGAGAGAAAGAGGACAAACAUUGGCAUGGAGCUGAUCAUCGACCCGUCCGUCCUCUUCCUGGACGAACCCACCACCGGCCUCGACGCCAGCACGGCCAACUCUGUGCUGCUGCUGCUCAAGAGAAUGGGGAACCACGGUCGCACCAUCAUCCUCUCCAUCCACCAGCCUCGAUACAGCAUCUACCGCCUGUUCGACAGCCUCACCCUGCUAGUCAACGGCAAACAGGUUUACCACGGCCCUGCACAGAGUGCACUGGAGUAUUUCUCAGACAUCGGAUACACCUGUGAGCCCCACAACAACCCUGCUGACUUCUUCCUGGACGUCAUCAAUGGAGACUCGACGGCCGUCGCUCUCAGCAAUGCGGACAAAGACGAUCCAGAUCCAGAACUAGAUCCAGACUCCAUAUCGUUGUCCAGACGAGGAAUCGAGGACAAACUGGUGGAGGAGUAUCGAAACUGCUCCUACUACAAACAGACCAAAGCAGAGCUGGAAAGGAUCAUUGAGGGAAAGCCAACCACCAAAUCUCAUCGCACCAGAACCAUCACCUACAACACCAGCUUCCUGACGCAGUUCAGAUGGGUUCUCAAGAGAACGUUUCGCAACCUCAUGCUCAACCCUCAGACCUCCGUGGCUCAGAUAGCGGUGACGCUCUUCCUCGCUCUGGUCAUAGGCGCCAUUUUCUUCGACGCCAAGAUGGAUAAAAGUGGAGUGCAGAACAGGUUCGGUGCUCUCUUCUUCGUGACGGUGAAUCAGUGUUUCAGCUCCCUGUCGUCUGCCGAACUCUUCAUCUCAGAGAGGAAACUCUUCACUCAUGAGUACAUCAGCGGCUACUACAGGGUGUCCGUCUAUUUUCUGUCCAAGAUCCUGUCCGACAUCAUUACACUGAGGACCAUCCCCGGCGUCGUCUUCAGCUGCGUGGCGUAUUUCAUGAUCGGUUUUAAGGCCACAGCCGAGGCUUUCUUCCUCUUCAUGUUCUCCGUUGUUCUGGUUUCCUACACGGCCACAUCCAUGGCUCUGGCCAUCUCCGCCGACCAGACGGUGGUCGCCAUCGCCAACAUCUUCAUGACUAUCGCCUGCGUCUUCAUGAUGAUCUUUGCAGGUUUGCUGGUGAAUCUUCCCUCCAUCGUCAGCUGGCUCGCUUGGUUAAAAUACUUGAGUAUACCAAGAUAUGGCUACACGGCUCUGCAGAUCAACGAGUUCACUGGACAGAACUUCUGCCAGGGGUCAGACAGCACAGCCAAUUGCACUGGGGAGUAUUUUCUGUGGGAGCAGGGUGUGGACUAUUCCCUCUGGGGCUUCUGGCAGAACCACCUGGCUCUGGGCAUCAUGACCAUCUGCUUCCUCACCAUCGCGUACCUCAAACUGCGCUUCAUCAGGAAGUUCACCUAAACCUUCGUCGUGAUUCUAAGACCUGCGACUGGAACUUCUGCUGCUCACUGUUGUUUUGUAAUUUCCUCUCAGCCUUUCUCGGUUUUUCAUUCAUUAAGCAGAAAUACUGUUGAUUCCUUUGUAAAAAAUUCAUGUCCUUUUUGUCAUAAAGACUUUAAUUAUUUAUUCAUUCCUCACCAACACUGGAGCACUUAACUCAUAUCAGGAUGUUUUCACUUUGAGUUCAGAGCCACACAAAUACAAGAAUUUUAUAUUUAUAAAUUUUUGCUAAAUAAAAUACAGAUUUUCUGAA